CUGCGUAGACAUUCAGUUAUUUGUCUGUCGAUGGUUCACCAUACUCAAGGCGGAAUAUAAUUUUGUUCGCAGGUGUUCGUGUUUUCUUUCUGAACGCCAUGUCUUAUAAUUACGUGGUCACCGCACAGAAGCCGACGGCCGUCAAUGCCUGCAUUACUGGGCACUUCACCUCCGCGGAGGACCUCAACCUCCUCAUCGCCAAGAACACCCGGCUGGAGAUCUACGUGGUGACGGCCGAGGGGCUUCGGCCGGUCAAGGAGGUGGGGAUGUACGGCAAGAUCGCCGUCAUGGAACUCUUCCGGCCGAAGGGCGAGAGCAAAGACCUGCUGUUCAUCCUGACGGCCAAGUACAACGCCUGCAUCCUGGAGUACAAGCAGAGCGGGGAGAGCAUCGACAUCAUCACCCGCGCCCACGGCAACGUGCAGGAUCGGAUUGGCCGGCCCUCAGAGACGGGGAUCAUUGGCAUCGUGGACCCGGAGUGCCGCAUGAUUGGCCUACGGCUGUACGACGGUCUUUUUAAGGUCAUCCCCCUGGACCGAGAGAACCGCGAGCUCAAGGCCUUCAAUAUCCGGCUAGAGGAGCUUCAGGUCAUCGACGUCCACUUCCUCUAUGGCUGCCAGGUCCCCACAGUGUGCUUCAUUUACCAGGAUCCCCAGGGCAGGCACGUGAAGACGUACGAAGUGUCGCUCCGCGAGAAAGAGUUCAACAAGGGCCCCUGGAAGCAGGAGAACGUGGAGGCCGAGGCGUCCAUGGUCAUCCCAGUGCCAGAGCCAUUUGGGGGAGCCAUAAUCAUCGGGCAAGAGUCCAUCACCUACCACAACGGAGACAAAUAUUUGGCCAUAGCGCCCCCCACCAUCAAGCAAAGCACUAUUGUGUGCCAUAACCGCGUGGACCCUAACGGCUCCCGCUACCUGCUGGGGGACAUGGAGGGCCGGCUCUUCAUGCUGCUCCUGGAGAAGGAGGAGCUGAUGGACGGAGCCGUGGUGCUCAAGGACCUGAGGGUGGAGCUACUGGGGGAGACCUCCAUUGCUGAGUGUCUCACAUACCUGGACAAUGGCGUGGUUUUCGUGGGUUCCCGACUUGGAGAUUCCCAGCUGGUCAAGCUGAAUGUGGACAGCAAUGAUCAGGGCUCGUACGUUGCCGUGAUGGAGACCUUCACCAACCUGGGGCCCAUUGUGGACAUGUGUGUGGUGGACCUGGAGAGACAGGGCCAGGGACAGCUGGUCACCUGCUCGGGCGCUUUUAAGGAGGGGUCGCUGAGAAUCAUCCGCAACGGCAUCGGGAUCCACGAGCACGCCAGCAUCGACCUGCCGGGGAUCAAAGGACUGUGGCCCCUGCGCUCGGAGGCCGGACGGGAGACCGACGACAUGCUGGUGCUUUCCUUCGUUGGCCAGACAAGGGUGCUGAUGCUCAGCGGUGAGGAAGUGGAGGAGACGGAGCUGCCUGGGUUUGUGGACAACCAGCAGACCUUCUACUGCGGCAACGUGACUCACCAGCAGCUCAUCCAGAUCACCUCCGGCUCGGUGCGGCUGGUGAUGCAGGAGACCAAAGCGCUGGUGAGCGAGUGGAAGGAGCCGCAGGGGAGGAACAUCAGCGUCGCCGCCUGCAACUCCACACAGGUGGUCCUGGCUGUGGGCCGCGUGCUGUACUACCUGGAGAUCCACCGAGGAGAGCUCAAACAGAUCAGCUUCACGGAGAUGGAGCACGAGGUGGCCUGCCUGGACAUCACGCCCCUCGGGGAGGGCGGGGAGUCGCCCCUGUGCGCCGUGGGCCUGUGGACGGACAUCUCCGCCCGCAUCCUCAAACUGCCCUCCUUCUCCGCCCUGCACAAGGAGAUGCUGGGAGGAGAAAUCAUCCCCCGCUCCAUCCUGAUGACCACGUUCGAGGGAAGCCACUACCUGCUCUGCGCCCUGGGAGAUGGAGCGCUCUUCUACUUUGGCCUAGACCUUCAGACAGGUGUCCUCAGCGAGCGCAAGAAGGUCACCCUGGGGACGCAGCCGACGGUCCUGCGCACGUUCCGCUCCCUGUCCACCUCCAACGUCUUCGCCUGCUCCGACCGGCCCACCGUCAUAUACUCCAGCAACCACAAGCUGGUCUUCUCCAACGUCAACCUCAAGGAGGUCAACUACAUGUGCCCCCUCAACUCCGAGGGCUACCCCGACAGUCUGGCCCUGGCCAAUAACAGCACACUGACCAUUGGAACCAUCGAUGAGAUCCAGAAAUUGCACAUUCGCACUGUCCCUCUGUACGAAUCUCCCAGGAGAAUCUGUUAUCAGGAGAUGUCUCAGUGUUUCGGGGUGCUGUCCAGCCGGGUGGAGAUGCAGGACGCCAGCGGAGCCACCGCUGCCGUCCGUCCCAGUGCGAGCACGCAGGCUCUCUCCAGCAGCGUCAGCUCCAGUAAGCUCUUCCCCAGCAGCACCUCCCCCCACGAGACCUCCUUUGGGGAGGAGGUGGAGGUCCACAGCCUGCUCGUGGUGGACCAGCACACCUUCGAAGUGCUCCACGCUCACCAGUUCCUGCAGAGCGAGUACGCUCUCAGCAUGGUGUCCUGUCGUCUGGGCCGGGACCCCUCUGUGUACUUCGUUGUUGGCACGGCGAUGGUGUACCCCGAGGAGGCGGAGCCGAAGCAGGGCCGCAUCAUCGUCUUCCACUACACUGAUGGGAAGCUGCAGACAGUGGCUGAGAAGGAGGUUAAGGGAGCGGUGUACUCCAUGGUGGAGUUCAAUGGCAAGCUGCUGGCUAGUAUCAACAGUACUGUGCGCCUGUAUGAGUGGACAGCUGAGAAGGAGCUGAGGACGGAGUGCAACCACUACAACAACAUCAUGGCGCUCUACCUGAAGACGAAGGGAGACUUCAUCCUGGUGGGGGACCUGAUGAGGUCUGUGCUGCUGCUGGCCUACAAGCCCAUGGAGGGAAACUUCGAGGAGAUUGCGCGCGACUUCAACCCCAACUGGAUGAGCGCCGUGGAGAUACUGGACGACGACAACUUCCUCGGCGCGGAGAACGCCUUCAACCUGUUCGUGUGCCAGAAAGACAGCGCGGCGACCACGGACGAGGAGCGGCAGCACCUGCAGGAGGUGGGCGUGUUCCACCUGGGGGAGUUCGUCAACGUGUUCUCCCACGGGUCCCUCGUCCUCCAGAACCUGGGGGAGAGCUCCACCCCCACCCAGGGCUCCGUGCUGUUCGGGACCGUCAACGGCAUGAUCGGUCUGGUGACUUCGCUGUCAGAGGGCUGGUACAGCCUGCUGAUGGACCUGCAGAACAGACUCAAUAAAGUUAUCAAGAGCGUGGGCAAGAUCGAGCACAGCUUCUGGAGGUCCUUCCACACGGAGCGGAAGACCGAGCAGGCGACGGGCUUCAUCGACGGGGACCUGAUCGAGAGCUUCCUGGACCUGGGCCGGGCCAAGAUGCAGGAGGUGGUGAGCAGUCUGCAGAUCGACGACGGCAGCGGGAUGAAGAGGGAGGCCACCGUGGACGAGGUGAUCAAGAUCGUGGAGGAGCUGACCCGGAUCCACUAGCCACUCCCUCCGCCCCCUCGUCGAGAGGAGACCAGCUGGAGGAGAAGGGGCUCGGGCGCCCAUGUUCUGUAAAUAACUAUAAAUAAACAAUACGACGGGAUCUCUGCUGUACACCCACCCCGUCCUAGCGCCCUCCUAUACUCACACAGACAAAAUGUUGCGCCCCCCACACCCGCUCCCACGCCGGACAGAUCUUAAAAGAGCAGCUACAGGGGCUUGUAGAGCUCCCAUAGAACCAGUUAUUUAACGCCAAACUCACCGGGGGUUCCAUCUUAGAUUUGAGGACCGCAGGGCAUCCCUGCUGGUUGUGACAAACUGGGUGGAAGGUCCACAAGGUGGCUGAGGAACACUUUCGGGUUUGAAAGGGGGUUCCUGGCUUUAGACUUGUGUCUGCGGUUCUGGUUCCCCCGGGAACGGGGUGACCCUAGGCUGGCGGUCAACUCUGGGAGGGGGGGUGGACCGUGUGGGGGAAAAGGAUUCCUUGUGUUUUGUGUUUGUGUGACAUUUCCAUUUGUUUGUUUUAAUAAAGUUUGGUAGCCGUU